CAGGAUGUUUUAUUCAGGGCUGACUCUGCGGCGUACAGCAGCACAACAGAGAGAGAGAGGAGAUUGCUGCUGAGAGAACACCAGCUCGUAUGUGAUUGAUUUCAUUCAAACAGAAUUCCAUGAUGAGUCACAUUAAGGUCCUCUUGAAGUCUGAGCUCGGUGUUUGGAUUUUCCUUCUCCUGACGCACUGUUCUGAAGGUCAGCAUCAGCUGAUCGGUCCGACUCAGCCAAUAGUGGCGAUGUUUGGUGAUGAUGUUGUGUUGCCAUGCCGCCUGGAGCCUGCAGUAGACGCUGCAGCCCGGACUGUGGAGUGGUCCAGACCUGACCUGCAGCAAAGACUUAUCCACUUCAGACGAGACAGUGUAGAUCUUCUGACGGAGCAGAAUCCAUCGUACACGAGGAGAACAUCACUGUCCAUCAGCAAACUGAAGUCCGGAGACAUUUCCCUGAAACUCUCCAAAGUGAAACUCUCUGAUACAGGAACAUACAAAUGCAACAUUCCCAAAUUUAAUACAGAGUCUGCAGUUGAGCUUGUUGUGGGUUCUGUUUCCUCACCUGAAAUAGAGGUUUCAAAGGAUAGCAGCUCAGUGGAGUUACAGUGCAAGUCUGCAGGCUGGUAUCCACAGCCUGAGGUGUUGUGGCUGGACGGUGAUGGAAACCUCCUCUCUGCUGGACCUACAGAGACAGUCAGAGGUCCUGAUGACCUCUAUACUGUCAGCAGCAGAGUGACUGUGGAGAAGAAACACGGCAACAAGUUCACCUGCAGAGUCCAGCAGAACAACAUCACCCAGACCAGAGAGACAGUGAUCCAUGUUUCCGCUGAUCUCUUCAUGGUCCAUUCUAAUCUAUCUGCUCGCAUCACCACCACUAUGGCUGCUUGUGUCCUGACUAUUGCUGUGGUCAUAUUCAUUGUAUGGAAAUGGGGACAAACCAGAACCAAGAGGCAAAAAGAAGAUGAAGCUGAACUCAGGAAAAGAGAAAUGUGGAUGAUAGGCAACGACGUAGAACUUGAGCUUCUGAUGGAGGGACAAAGAGACAGAGAGCAGUCCAUGUUAGGAAGUGAGAAAAUGAAGUAUUUGAAAAUGAAAAAGGCAAAAUUUGAUGAAGAACUACAGAAGAAUAAGGAAGAAUUAGAACAUGUGCAGCAGGUGAUUGAAGUGUUAAAAGAGCAGAAGGACGAUCUGAAGAACCAGAAAGAGAAACUUCUGUCACUACAGCAGGAGGAGAAGAUGAAGGUAAAAGAGAUAGAGACGAAGAAAGAUCCACUGUUGGACAAAAAUAAGAAGAAGCGAGAAAAGGCCAAAGAAGAGGCGACUCAGAAAAAAACAGUACAUGAGGAACUGUUAAAGAACACAGAGAAACUCCUGGAAACAACUGAGGAAAUGAUUGUGAAAAUGACAGAGAGGAAAGGAAAGUUAGAGACAAACAAGGAACAAAUUCUGAAACACCUUAAAUCUACAGAGCAGGAGAUAGAAGAACUUCAGAAGAAAGUGGAAGAGUCAGAAAGAAAAGAGGACAAAGAUAAUCCACCAGUCAAUAUAAAAACUACUGGACAUCAACAAGAGAGACCUCAGGAUCUACCAGAAGAAGAACAGAAUAAUCCUUGCUGAUUUAUUUGUCUAUCUUUAGUCCAAAUUACAUUUUCAACAUUAAAAAACACAAUUUGUCCAGUUUAGAGAUUUACCAGCUGACCUGCUCACAUCCUGCAGAUCCAGACGAAAUAUGGACAUAGGAUGAAAACAAAAUGAAGUGAAAUGCUGUUUUUCCAUCAUCACUGUGUUGUCUCUUUUCUGUUUGUAUCCAUUCUGUGACAUUUACAGACCUGACCUCUCCAUUAGCCAAAUUAUAUGAUGCAUUUCAAACAACAGAAUUUAAUCUUGGUUUCCAUGAGCCCUGCAUGGUUCAAAUUAUCAGUGUAAGCUUUAAUGUCAAGAUCUCACAACAUCAUAUGUUCAUGGUUAACAUGUACAUUUUCUGAAAAAUAAAAUCAUAAUUCAAAGCUGUUUCUUAAUCAGGAAAAGAAAAAAAGGAAAGAUAGAAAGUUAGAAAGUUUUCUGAGACAUAAACAUAAAUGUUCACUAUGACUGUGCUAAAACAAUGACUUUGUGCAGUUUGUUCAGUAAAUUCAUGUACGGUUUUGCUUUACUAAUAUCAGUAAUAUUUUGUACUAUAUGUGAAUUGAAAAAUCCAAGUUUUAAACUAUGAUUUACUUGAAAUUACUGGUUUCAUAUCAUUGUUGUUGUUGUAAAUGUUGCUGGUUUCAAGGGACUUGCAGAUUUUAAAAAUGUCAUUUUCCAAAUUGUCCUGUGUCCUUUAGUAAAUGCUGCCCUCUGAUGCUAAGAUCAACUUUAUAUAUAUAUGUGUGUGUGUAUACACAUAUAUAUAUAUAUACACACACACGUGUGUGUGUGUGUGUGUGUGUGUGUGUGUGUGUGUGUGUGUG